GUAUUUGCUUUCUUCUCUCUCUCGGCCCCUUCGCUGGUUUACCUAGGACUGACUUGGCUCCGGCAUUGACUGGAGUCUCCGGCGGCGGACUGCGGCUGCGCAACAGAAGCAGAGAUCGGCUAGCUAAGAAGCGGGCGGUGAAUUUUUCGGGCUGUUCGGCCUGGCAUUCUCAUCCAAUUCAUGCUGGAUUGACCGAACGCGCCCAAAACGACUACUCGCGAAUUGUUGCUGCCGAUUUCUUUCCCAUUUGAUUCUGCAUUCUAUCUGUGUGUUUCGCUUUUUGGCGCUGUGAGUUUGCUGAUUAGUAAAGGUUGCUGGAUUGGUGGCUUUGAGGAGAGGUCUUUUUGUUUUUUUGGAAAGCUCGGUUUCUGGAUUAGCUGGCAUUUGAUUCUAUUCUAUGGGCAUUUGAUAACAUGGCUUUUGUUUUCAUGUCUGCAUUUGCAUCAAAUGGUGUUUCAUGUGAUUGAGGGCUUUUGGCAGGGAGGUGCAGGCAAUGAGAAAACUAGCAACUCUCUCUGUGAAUCGGAUAAAGACGUUAGUUUUCAUGGUGGAACUAGAGGUUUCAUGCUGGAAUCUCUAGGUUAGAAGAGCACAAAAGUGAUUAGGAAGAUUGAAUUGGUCGGAUUUUUCAAUGAAUUCUAGGAAUUCUGGAAAGGGGUUUCUUGUUCGCACUGAAAAUGGUGUCCCCGUCGGCGGUGGGGCUCCUUGGGUGCCUCUGACGCCAGGAAAGCCCAUCCUGUCGGGAUCAACAGUUACUCCCGCGGACAGGCAGGGGAAUCUCCCCGGGAGAAUGAAUUGUUAUGAAGUAGCCGGACUUUCUGCCGGUGGGCAUUUACAACCGGCGAUGAAUUACAAUGGGGGUGUUCAACAUCAAAGGUUUGAUCUACUUGGGCUGAUUGGCCAGAGCCAGAAUAGCGGUUCCUGUGGCUUCGCCCUUUCCCCAUCCCCAGCCGAGAACAGGAGAUUUGGUCCUAGUGUUGGCUCCUAUCCACAGACCUUUAGAAAUGAUGGUGCAGCAUGGGAUAACAAUCCUUUGGCAGAGGUAUUCUCAACAAAUUACAUGGUUUCUAUGGCCCCUGCAAAUGGAGCAUCAAACAGAAAUGUAUAUGCAGCAAAUUCGCCGGCGAUUCUGAGUUCAUAUCCCCAAGUUGACAGCAGCUGGGACAAGUAUUCAGCCUCUGCAAAUGGAACAUCGAUCACAAAAAUGCUUGCGGCAAACACACCAACCAUUCUGAAUUCAUACACUCAGGUUGACAGCAGUUGGACGAAAGGCAACUUCACUAAUCUGUUACUUGGAAAUGAAAUUUGUGACCUGGAUCUAAGCCAGCCAACCGUUGCUGGCAGUUCACCACUGAUGGCUAAUGGUGGAUUACCUGUCCCUUUCCGGCCCAACUAUAACCUGAACUCGCCACAGAGAUCGGAAGCUGAUGCAACAUCAAGUACAACAAAUUCUUUGGCUUUCACACCAGUAACACCAGAUCACGCAAAGCAAUUUGAUAACCACCCUCAUUCUGAGUUGUGGAACUUUUCAGUUGUUGAAAGCUCCAGCCAAGAAAAGGAUAAGCUAGAGAAUCUGUUGACAUUUACAGGAAUUGAAGCAGUUGCGAACAAUUGCAAUGAACUCUUGCAGAAUAUCGUGGACUCGUCAUCUGCUGCUAUUUCUACACAGAAGGAGAACGGUUCUGAAGGAGGAAAUUCAGGCAUUGACUUGAAUAAGACACCCCAGCCAAAAACACCAAAAAGGCGGAAACAUAGACCAAAGGUAAUUGUGGAAGGCAAACCCAAAAGGACACCAACUCCAAAAACUCCAAAGAACACAAACUCCAGCGCCAACCCAUCUGGAAAGAGGAAGUAUGUUCGCAAGAAGGGCCUUGAAUCCACAGAAACUCAACAGGCAGAUGCUACACGCACAGGUUCAGUUCAACCAUCAGGAAAACGGAAAUAUGUGCGUAAGAAGGGACUUGACGCAGCAGCAACUCAGCAGGUUGAUGCAGAUCAAGAAGUGGUUCCUGCAUCUGAGUCUAACGCAAAAUCGUGUAGGAAAAGGCUAAAUUUUGACUUAGAAUAUGAUAAAAUGGGUGCAAACCAUGGUGAAGCAGCUGAUCUCCAGGUAGAUGUACAUCAAGAGAAUCCAGUCCGGUUUAAUUUGAAUUUGGAUUCUCAAGCAACAGAACGCACUGGAAUCGAUAGCAUUGCUGUUGAGAAUGCCGUUGAGGAAUCGGCUGAGGUAAACAUACAGAGCGGAUAUACAGCAGCAGAACUGCCAGCAGGAAGUUACAGCCUUGCUAAUUCUGUGAAUCAAACACCACCAGAAAUUCUAACAUUGCCAGAGAGAUGUAAUGUUUCUGUUGCACCAACUGCGAUCAACAAACUAAAUGUUAUUGCAAGAAAUAUGCGAAAUGCAAGUCAAUGCAAAACAAGCAACAAAAACAGUCAGAGUCAGGUGCAUCAAUGCCUCCAAGGAGAAGUCAACAGGAAUCCCUCUCAAGGAAAUACCACUCCCAUAAACGUCAAGGAAACUGGCAAUAUCACAUGGCAGACUACUCUCCACAUGGUAGGAAAAGAUGAGAGAAAUUCCAAUCAAAAAGGAGGCUCAAAACGGGAAUAUUAUCAUGCAUUUGAUCAGGAAGCUCCCUCUUGUCAAAAUCAGAUGGCUUCCCCAGUUUGUCAGGAGAGUAACAGCUACAACUUUGGAACCAGGUUUUUGGAAACUCAAAAGAAAAUGAGAACAGAGAAUGGAUUUCAUCCAAUUGUGUCUAGCGCACCUUAUGCUGCUGUUGUUAAAGAUGGCCCGAGACAAAUUGAAACAGAAAGCAACAAUGGUGUAUGUGUGAAUGCUAAUAUCUCACUAACCAAAGGUGGGAUACCUGUGUCAUACUUAGACAGUGACAAAACGUUUGAGAAGCUAACAAACAGGAUCAAUUCCAAUUGUGUUGAUGAACGUGUUCAUUACAUAACUGCUCAGACUACUAAUAUUCAGAAGCACCUUGCUGCAAGGGAACUGCAUUUAACUGCAGACAGCAUGGCCCAGAAAAGAACUCAGGUCCACAAAAUUUCCUCCCUCAGUGGGAUGUCAAGCUUGGAAAUGCUAUCAACUCGGACCAAAAAUUGUCCAACAUCUGGUUAUGAGCAAGGAAUUGAAGUUUGCCGUACAAAUGUAUCGGUUAACAGCCACAAUACAUCACCAACCUCAUCCAAAUGGGUCUCAUCCUGUACAAAUAAAGUACUUUUGGAAGACCAAAAAGAUGCCUCACCUGACCAUUGGCAAUCCUCAAGGGAAGAAAGAGAUCAUCCAGACAGAGAGCAAUACUUGGUUGAAAUUGAUAAAAUCACAUGCAGACUUCAAGGCCUAAGUAUAACCGAUAAAAGCAAGGAAAAAGACGGCCAACAGCAAAAUGCACUUGUCCCAUAUAAAGGUGAUGGCACAAUGGUUCCAUACAAGGGAUCUGACCAGAUCAAGAAACACAGACCACGGGCCAAAGUGGAUCUUGAUCCAGAGACAAAUAGAAUUUGGAAUCUAUUAAUGGGAAAGGAAGGAGGUGAAGCCACCAAAGCAGUUGACAACGAGAAAUGGUGGGAAGAAGAAAGGAAAGUAUUCCAAGGACGAGCAGACUCAUUCAUUGCACGCAUGCAUCUUGUCCAAGGUGAUAGACGUUUCUCACGGUGGAAAGGGUCAGUUGUUGACUCGGUAAUAGGAGUAUUCCUUACACAGAAUGUUUCAGACCAUCUUUCAAGCUCUGCCUUCAUGUCUCUUGCAGCAAGAUUCCCCAUCCAAUCAACCACCACUGAUAAAGUAUGCCAUAAAAGUGGAAUUAGCAUAUUGGCUGAAGUACCAGAGAUCCAGGUUCCAGACACAGAGACCAUGAUGAAUCAUUUUGGUAACUUAGUAAGGCAAUCAGUCUACAGCCAAUCAUCUGUAACAUACUGUGAAUCAAUAAAGCCCAGAACAGAAGAUCCAACACAGACAACAGGAAGAACAAGCCUGGCAACUGAGCAUAAUAGUAUAACAGAGGAAAAAGCCAGCUCAUCACAAAAUUCUUCUGACUCUUUCAUUCUUCAAACCAAUGGUGAAAUCCAUUCCUGCUCAGGGUCCAACUCAGAAGCAGAAGAUUCAGCAAGUAGGGGAAAGUCUAACAAGAUCCACUAUUCUCCUCUUCUACAUAUGAGGGGAACUGACUCGUUCCAGGUACCACACAGUCCUGUAAGUGAAAGCUUGUGCUUUGAUGACCGUCCGUUGGAUUGGCAUAUCCACUCAGAAUAUAUAGACAAGCGAGUACCAAGAUUGGGCGAGCCCAAUAACCUGAAGAACUCUUCCAGCUUUAUCCACCCAAUCGAUUCUAAUAGCCCUCAGAUGCAAGGAGCAAUUCUGCCCCCAAAUUGUUUUCACUUUCCCAUGUCAUUGCACUUCGCAACAACAGAAGUAGACUGCUCGGGAAUGCUGAAAGAAGAAAGCAUCUCUUCUUUGACUUCAAGUAGAAGAAUUGGAGAUCCUGCAGAAAGAUUAAGUAAAACUUCUGUGCAACAGGAUGGAGCACCAAUGAAUCAAGCAUCAAUAUUUUCCCCACAUGCACAUCUAACCAAGCACAUGACACCCAGAGAGAAUAGCUUUCAGACAGUACCUGACAAUAGGAGGGACAAGAUUUGUGUCAACAGUCCUCAACAAGACAAGUCUGGUGCCUAUAAAUUGGAAAACGCAUUGGUCAAAGAGGUCAGACCUACUGAAGCAGUUAAUAGGAGGCAGAGUAUUACCAGACAUCAAGUCCCUGAUGAGACUGCAUACACAGGACAAGCUUUUGGCAUGGAGGGUAGUACUGUAGUCAGUAAGGAUAAACUCUUAAAAACAAAAGCAAUUGAAGCAAAUGCAAAGGAGCAAGCAUAUUCUUCUGGCGAGACAACUACAGGGACAAGUAGGAAUCUGCCAAACACAAGAAAAGGAAAGACUGAGGGUGAGAAAAGGAAAUCAUUUGACUGGGAAAGCUUGAGAAAGUUCGCGCAGCACAAUGACAGAAGAAAAGAAAGAACCAAGGACCAGAUGGACUCCCUGAACUAUGAAUCAGUGCGAUGUGCAGAUGUUAAUGAGAUUUCUAACUCUAUCAGAGAACGAGGAAUGAACAAUAUGCUAGCAGAAAGAAUCAAGGACUUCCUAAACCGGCUAGUCAGAGAACAUGGAAGCAUUGACCUUGAGUGGUUGAGAGAUGUUCCUCCAGACAAAGCAAAAGAUUACCUUUUGAGUAUCCGGGGAUUAGGCCUGAAAAGUGUUGAGUGUGUGCGGCUAUUAACUCUUCAUCAUGUUGCAUUUCCGGUUGACACAAAUGUUGGAAGGAUAGCCGUGAGACUAGGAUGGGUCCCUCUCCAACCCCUGCCUGAAUCACUUCAACUGCAUCUCCUAGAACUGUACCCAGUUCUGGAGUCAAUUCAAAAAUAUCUGUGGCCAAGACUUUGCAAGUUGGAUCAGCGGACACUGUAUGAGCUACAUUACCAGAUGAUUACAUUUGGAAAGGUUUUCUGCACGAAGAGCAAGCCAAAUUGCAAUGCAUGUCCAAUGAGAGGAGAGUGCAGGCACUUCGCAAGUGCUUUUGCCAGUGCAAGACUUGCCCUCCCAGGUCCAGAAGUGAAAAGUGUAGUGAGUUCAACUAUUCCCACUGCUACUCCAAAAAGCGCUGCUGUGACAAUCAAACACAUGCCACUACCACCAGCAAGUAGCAGUGAAGCUAAAGAGACAGGGCUAGUUGUGACUAACUGUGAACCAAUUGUCGAGGAACCAGCAACACCAGAACCAGAAAUAACAGAAGUAACAGAAAGUGACAUUGAAGAUGCAUUCUAUGAGGAUCCUGAUGAAAUCCCCACCAUCAAACUCAACAUUGAAGAGUUCACACUUAACCUGCACCAGUAUAUGCAAGAGAAUAUGGAACUGCAAGGUAGCGAUAUGUCCAAAGCUUUAGUUGCUUUGGAUCCUGAAGCUGCUUCCAUCCCGACGCCCAAACUGAAGAAUGUAAGUCGACUGCGGACAGAGCACCAAGUGUAUGAACUUCCAGAUUCACACCCUCUCCUAAAAGGGCUGAAUACGCGAGAACCAGAUGAUCCAAGCCCAUACCUUCUUGCUAUAUGGACACCAGGUGAAACAGCAAAUUCAAUUCAACCACCAGAAAGCAGGUGUGGAACUCAAGAAUCAGGAAAACUCUGCAAUGAGAAAACGUGCUUCGCAUGCAAUUCUGUAAGAGAAGCAAAUUCACUAACAGUCAGAGGGACACUUCUGAUUCCAUGUCGAACUGCAAUGAGAGGGAGCUUUCCACUCAAUGGCACAUAUUUCCAAGUUAAUGAGGUGUUUGCAGAUCAUGAAUCCAGUCUGAACCCAAUUGAUGUUCCAAGGGCAUGGUUAUGGAAUUUGCCAAGACGGACAGUUUACUUUGGUACCUCUGUGUCAACAAUUUUUAAAGGCCUUACAACAGAGGGAAUUCAAUACUGUUUUUGGAGAGGAUUUGUGUGUGUAAGAGGAUUUGACCAGAAAACAAGGGGGCCUCGACCCCUCAUGGCCAGGCUGCACUUCCCAGCAAGCAAGUUGGUUAAGACAAAAAAAUGAAGACAAAUAAAAUAAAAGCCAUAAUGGAGAGAGGAGCACCAGUUUAAGGUGCUAACCAAAGUCUAUUCAGUACAGGGGUAAGAAUUCAUUGUUAGGCAUGGAAACAGACAACUGACUAACAUAUUGUUGUACAUUUCAAUUGUUCCUCCUCUAACAUAAGAUGCAUUCACCUGCUAAUUCAGGCAGGCAGGAGAAGAAAUUUUCAAGUUAUUUAAAGAGAUCCCCAUAAAAGUAGGCAUCAGUUUGUAUAUAAUUGAAACUACAAUUGUUCCCAUUAAAUGUGCUCAAAAUGAGCCCUCAUUCAAAGACUAGCCAAUGUCACAAAGGAAGGAGAAUAAGAAAUAAGAACAAUGUUGCUUGUGGUGUUCAA